ACUUUUUGCUCUCGAUUUCAAAAUUUUGCGAAAUUGUGUUUCGACCUUGUACACUGGUAACCUUUGGUAUUUGGACAAUGAUCAGAAAAUUCGAAAAAUGAAAAUUCUGUGAAAUCUAUGCAAAUGUCAUGAUCUACAGUAUACAGGCGCUAUUCAUCGAAACGAUUCUCAUGUCGGCUAGGAUACAUGAUGUGACAUACCAACAUAUUGAAGAUUUCACUUGCGAUGACAUUGGCCUUUCAUCAUUAUCCGGAGCCAAGGCAACAGAUUUGGCACGGAUUUUAAUGACGAAUUACUCGAGAAAUGCACUUCCAGAACCGGCUCCAGUGAAAGUUGAAGUGGAAAUAACUAUUCAAGAUAUAUCCGAUAUAUCAGCUAUCACUGGGACAUUUACAAUUGAUUAUUGGAUUAGCGCAAUUUGGAAUGAUAAACGAUUGGCUUUUUCCCACCUCGAUCCUUGCCGUAAAAACCUUUCACUGGACCAUGAUAUGGAGCCAAAACUCUGGUCACCGAAUGUAUGUAUAGUAAAUUCCAAAUCCACAAAAGUACAUGAUUCUCCGAAGCCCAACAUUCUUCUAAUGAUAUUUCCAAAUGGUACUAUAUGGCUUAACUACCGUAUCCGAUCCGAGGCUCCGUGUCAGAUGAAUCUUCGAAAUUUCCCAUUGGACAGUAUUCGAUGUUCUUUGGUUUUUGAGAGUUACUCUUAUAAUGCUGCUGACGUGGAAUUACAGUGGUUGGAGUGGUCUCCAGUGUCUACAGUAAGAAAUGAUUAUAAUUUACCGGAUUUUCGAAUGACAAAUAUCACUUAUGGAAGUGUUACUGAGGCCUACACAGCAGGAAUGUGGCAUCGACUGUCAGUAUCCAUACAUUUCGAGCGUCUCUACGGUUUCUAUAUUCUCCAAAUGUACCUACCUACCUACAUAUCAGUUUUCAUAUCAUGGAUAGCAUUUUGGAUGGAUACAAAGGCUCUUCCUGCGAGAAUUACACUCUCCGUCUCUUCACUGAUGGCACUGACUUUUCAAUUUGGAAAUAUUGUCAAAUCACUGCCAAAGGCAUCCUACGUAAAAGCCAUCGAUAUUUGGAUGUUCAGUUGUGUUGGAUUCAUAUUUUUCUCCCUAAUCGAGCUUGCAAUCGUCGCCUACAAUGAUAAAAUGCACGACCAACGACUACGAGAAGUCCGGUGUUCGGUUGGAAAUUUGAAUUCAAAUGGAAUAGGACAAUAUAAUUCAACUACAAGGAGAAGUUUCGUGGAGCUCAGUGCUCGGCGAGCAAAGGGGAGCGAGCUUGGAGCAUCGAUCGAUCGGGUAGCUAGCAUGUUGUUUCCUACGAUGUUUGCCCUAUUCAAUUUGGUCUAUUGGGCAUACUAUUUAACAACAAGCAUGAAUCCUGUCUACACUUGAAUUUUUAUUUUCUACUUUCCGAAUUAAGAAUAACUGGUACUUUUUCAUGUGUUUUUUUAAAAGCUAAUGAAGUUCUCAUUAUUAAUUUUUCCUUUAUUUUUUGUGAACUUGUAUAAAGUUUGAAAAAAUUUGGGUUUUUAGUUUUUAAAUUCGGUCAAAUUGUGAAAGAUAUGUAUUUCGUACGUGUUUCGGUUUAGAUUGUUCUCGCUAUAUGGGUAUCGAGUUAAUUUUUUUUUAGUUUUCAAAAACUUUGAUAUUAAUUUCAGGUAUUUAUUUCAUUUUCAUCAAAUUUUCUUGAAAAACAAAAAUCUCCAUUUUACUCAAAGCUCCAUUUAAAUAUGUAUUUUUCUUGAAGUUGAUUAAUUUAACAAUAAUUUUAUCAAUAAAUUUUU